AUGCGUCGAGCUUCCAUCGACUUGACCGACCCGUCCCGGAACAUCGAGGAAUCAGUUGGCGCGCCCGAUCCGACAACCAUAGAUCCCGAAAUGGACAUUUCUUUACCGUCAGAUGAGGAGGAUAGGAGGCCAUAUACCCCACCUCCACAUAUUGCUGCGCGAUUCUACCGCCCAAGUCAAAUUCGUCGCAAGGACUCCGCUGCCUCAUCGCGCCGAAAUUCGAUUUCAUCGGUGCAUUCGCGCUCUUCGCAUGGCUUUGGCCGUCACGGCGAUGUACAAAGCAAGUAUAUUGCGCAACAGCUGCGCCGCGCCUCUAUCCUCGAGGAUCGCAAGGCGCGCUUGGCCGAUAGAGCAGCGCAUGCCGAGAAGGUGCGCCUACGGGCAGCCAUGGCUAAAGCAGCUCAUCAGAAAAACUCCAACUCGGAAGAGCGCGCUCUGGCGGCCGCUCAGGCGAGAGAGAAAAACCUGGCAGAAAUCGUGGCUGCUUGUGCCGAGGAGGUCAAGAGGGCUAAGGCUGUUGCCGAGACGAUGAAAGAAAAGCGAGAGCAGGAGUUGCGCAAAUUGAAGGUGCAGAUGGAAGAGCGCCUCGCAGAAGCCGAACGGAGAAGGGAGGAAUUACGCAGCAAACAUGCUGUCAAGCGCUCGAGGGGCUCGAGCCUAACGACAAAGAAGCCUGAUGUAGAGGUACUACCAGAAGUCAAGGAACAAGAGAGCCCUGUCAUGAGCGAAGACGUUGCGGCGAAUAAGCUUCAGUGGUGGUGGCGGGCUGCGAUGCGGAAGAAAGCUGGGCGUGACUUUGCAGAGCUCGGGCUCAGUAUUGACGGCGUGAGAGACACAUCGUUCGAAAAGGUGGUCGAUCUCCUAGCCCAAGAGAAGGUCCUCACGAUCACGGCGCGCGUACUCCGAAUAUGCGGAUUGAAAGAGGGCGAUGCAGGUUCGGUGAACGAAAUGGCGGCGGUGCGAACGUUCUUGAGCGCUUUUCUGAUCUUGGGCCAUCCCACACAAGUCCUUAGUAAUAAGGAUAACAAGGGAGAACAGGAGCAGGUUGGAUCCUUACUAGGGCAACCCAUACCUCGUGAUGACCUGGCUAACCCUCAGUUACAGGAUCUUGUGGGCAAGGCUCGAGAUCUUUUGAUCUCCUUCGAAAACAUACUCUCCCGACUCACAUCUUCCAACAACUAUACGCCACCACCCGCGUUUCACGAGGCCCUGCCGGAGUCUUACGCGACGUUCCAUAAUGCCUUCAUUGCGUGGAAGGCGCGAGAUUCGAACGCACUGAUAGAGGUGAUGAUUUUGCAGUUUGUAGAAUUGGAUGCCAUCCUCCAGACAGUUAAGGAUCGAACUGAGGAAGCUGUAACGGAAUCAUACCGCCAGAGCAUCAGAGACAACCAACUCAUGCUGAUGGUUCGGAUCAAGAAACUCGCAGGGGCUCAACAAGGCAAGAAGUUGAUCAUCGACGCCGUAAAAGAAGCUCGCAAAGCGAGAGCAGCCAAAAAGCCGACAGGAGACACCAAGCCGAGAGUUGCUGACCACUCCUUAAGCGGCGAGGGGUCAACGAAUAAUGAUGAUGCCACAGCAGACAAAGUCGUCUCGGAACAACUGCAGACACUCACCCCGCCACCUACUCCGCCCAGCAGUACACAAGAGAAACGUAGUGUUCCCCAGCCAAGUUAUCCCCCCAUUCUUCCCGACAAUCGGAUCAUUGUCCAUGAACUAGCCAUCAACCGCGAGUACCGGAUCGAGUAUCAGCAUUUCCAGGAGCAACACAAACUGCGCAUGGAUCCUCUAUUCAAAGAUCUGAAAUCAGGCGGAAGGGACGAAGAGAAAGAGUUUCGCUAUCUCAUCGUCAUGGCCAACUAUAUCAAGGAAAGGCUCCAGCAUCUGGUCAAGCCGAGCUCGUCGCUGUACACGUUCAUCGGCGAGAUCCUUGAUACCGAAGUUGCUCAGCGCCAGUUCGUUGCAGGAAGCUUCUCUUAUGACAAGUUUUUCUCGUCUAUGGGUUCUCUUUUGCCCAAACUUUGCGCCCCUGUUCGCGAUGACGAGGUGCAAGAUUUGGUCGAGAACAAGCUGAGCCAAGGCCACAUAGUUGACCGCCUAGAGGCGCUUAUAUCAUUCAUCGACGUAAUGUUGUACGACUAUGCCAACUACAUGCUGCAGGUCGCCGCGCCAAACCUCAUUGAGAAUGCUUCAUCCUACGAAACCAAACGAUUUGCCGAGGAGUUGGAAGCCGGUUCAAUGACGCUAGAACAUGCCGAGGUGUCGUGGCGUACUGCACGCGCCAAGGUCUUUGCAGAGGCUGCGCGGCGCGACCCGGAAGGCAUCAACCUUCCCCGGUCGCGGCCAACGGCUGACAAGAUCUACUGGCAGAUGUUGCUGGACGAGUUUACACAGCCGUCCCCAUCGGCGAAUACGAUUCCAGAGCCCUUGGCCCUCGACACGAAACGUCGUGCUCGCCUCGGGUUGCUAACGCUUCGCAUUGCGACGGCUGGAGCCAUAUUACUCCAAUGCAAGAACAUCUUGAAGCGUGAUGUUCGCGCGCCGUGGAAGACGGAAGCUGGGCGUCUUUUCACAGUUCUUGAGGCUGUAGAUGACGUGAACAAGCCGCUCGAGCAAUCUAGUGCUAUUGAUGGCAUCAUGGCUGCGCUUGAAGCGGGGCGUUCUAUGCCUGCUGCUAGCAAAGCCCACCUUCGCAAUCUCGUCACCAAGGUCUUGUCUGCGAGCGUGGACGCCAAGCGUGAAAACACGGAGCCACGAGAGCCUGUACUGCGGUUGCUACUCACGCGGUUGAGAGGCCACAUCCUAGCGAGGUUCCAAACCGGCUCGGCGAGCGAGAAGGUCAAGGCCACGAGCGUAGCUGGGGAGAAACUUGCAAGCCUGGGACUACCAGAGUUCGUGGAGAGGGUGAGAGAGAUGGUGGAUGAGAUUACAAGAGUUGGCGCUAUUGACCGUGUGGCACACGGCAUGUGGUGGGAAACCAUUGCGGAGAAGGCUGACAAGGAGGAAGCUGCAACCUCCCGGGGCAACUAG